UCCCUAUGUACAAACAGCCCUGGGCUCCACGGCUUCACAGGCUUCUGGGGUUGAGUCCAAAUUUCUCAUUGUUUGUGAAAGCUGAGCUCACAGCAGAAUAAGCCACCAUGAGGCUGUCCGUGUGUCUCCUGCUGGUCAUGCUGGCCCUCUGCUGCUACCGGGCCAAUGCUGAGAUCUGCCCAGCUCUUUUAUCUGAGAUCUCAGGCUUCUUCUUCAUUAGUGAACCUGUGUUCAAGUUAAAACUUGCCAAAUAUGAUGCACCUCCAGAAGCUGUUGCAGCCAUUUUGGAAAUGAAGAAAUGCCCGGAUCAGAUGGCCCUUGAGAAACGACUUUUACUUGAAGAAGUCCAGCUAAAAAUAGUGGCAAAAAAGCAAUGUGUGACAUGUAAAAACUCUCAUCCUGGUUUCCACCAUCUUUCAAUGAUACCCUGAUCUUCACUGCAGAAUGUAAAGGUUUCAAUGUCUUGCCUUAAUAAAUGUCUUGCCCU